AAUAAGGGUAACAAGGGUAACAAGGGUAACAAGGGUAACAAGGGGCAACAAGGCAACAAGGGUAACAAGGGUAACAAGGGUAACAAGGGUAACAAGGGGUAACAAGGGUAACAAGGGUAACAAGGGUAACAAGGGGUAACAAGGGUAACAAGGGUAACAAGGGUAACAAGGGUAACAAGGGUAACAAGGGUAACAAAGGGUAACAAGGGGUAACAAGGGGUAACAAGGGGUAAAAAGGGUAACAAGGGGUAACAAGGGGUAACAAGGGUAACAAGGGUAACAAGGGGAACAAGGGUAACAAGGGUAACAAGGGUAACAAGGGUACAAAAGGGGUAACAAGGGGUAACAAGGGUAACAAGGGGUAACAAGGGUAACAAGGGUAACAAGGGUAACAAGGGUAAAAGGGGUAACAAGGGUAACAAGGGGUAACAAUGGGUAACAAGGGUAACAAGGGUAACAAGGGUAAAGGGCAACAAACAAGGGUAACAAGGGUAACAAGGGUAACAAGGGUAACAAGGGUAACAAGGGUAACAAAGGGUAACAAGGGGUAACAGGGUAACAAGGGUAACAAGGGGUAACAAGGGUAACAAGGGUAACAAAAAGGGUAACAAGGGUAACAGGGGUAACAAGGGUAACAAGGGUACAACAAGGGUAACAAGGGGUAACAAGGGUAACAAGGGUAACAAGGGGUAACAAGGGUAACAAGGGUAACAAGGGUAACAAGGGGUAACAAGGGGUAACAAGGGUAACAAGGGUAACAAGGGUAACAAGGGGUAACAAGGGUAACAAGGGUAACAAGGGGUAACAAGGGUAACAAGGGGUAAAAAGGGGUAACAAGGGGUAACAAGGGUAACAAAGGGGUAACAAGGGUAACAAGGGGUAACAAGGGUAACAAGGGUAACAAGGGGUAACAAGGGUAACAAAGGGUAACAAGGGGUAACAAGGGUAACAAGGGUAACAAGGGUAACAAGGGUAACAAGGGGUAAAAAGGGUAAACAAGGGUAACAAAGGGUAACAAGGGGUAACAAGGGUAACAAGGGGUAACAAGGGUAACAAAGGGUAACAAGGGGUAACAAGGGUAACAAGGGUAACAAGGGGUAACAAGGGGUAACAAGGGUAACAACGGGUAACAAGGGUAACAAAGGGUAACAAGGGUAACAAGGGCAACAAAGGGGUAAGGGUAAAGGGGUAACAAGGGUAACAAGGGUAACAAAGGGUAACAGGGGUAAAAGGGUAACAAGGGCAACAAGGGGUAAAAGGGGUAACAAAUGGUAACAUGGGUAACAAAGGAUAACAAGGGUAACACAAGGUAACAGAUGGUAACAAGGGUAACAAGGACUAACAAGGGGAAACAAGGGUAAAAAAGGGUAACAAGGGUAACAACAACAAGGGUAACAAAGGGUAACAAGGGUAAAAGGGUAACAAGGGUAACAAGGGGUAACAAGGGUAACAAAGGGUAACAAGGGUAACAAGGGGUAACAAGGGUAACAAGGGGUAACAAGGGGUAACAAGGGUAACAAGGGUAACAAGGGUAACAAGGGUAACAAGGGGUAACAAGGGUAACAAGGGUAACAAGGGGUAACAGGGGUAACAAGGGUAACAAGGGGUAAAAGGGGUAAAAAAGGGUAACAAGGGGUAACAAGGGUAACAAGGGUAACAAGGGGUAACCGGGGUAACAAGGGUAAAAAAGGGUAACAAGGGGUAACAAGGGUAACAAGGGGUAAACAAGGGUAACAAGGGGUAACAAGGGUAACAAGGGGUAACGAGGGGUAACAAGGGUAACAAGGGUAACAAGGGGUAAAAAGGGUAACAAGGGGUAACAAGGGGUAACAAGGGUAACAAGGGUAAGAAGGGGUAACAAGGGUAACAAGGGUAACAAAAAGUAACGAGGAGUAACAAGGGCAACAAGGGGUAACAAGGCGUAACAAGGGUAACAAGGGGUAACAAGGGUAACAAGGGUAACAAGGGUACAAGGGGUAACAAGGGUAAAAGGGGUAACAAGGGGUAACAAGGGUAACAAGGGUAACAAGGGGUAACAAGGGUAACAAGGGGUAAAAAGGGUAACAAGGGUAACAAGGGUAAAAAAGGGUAACAAGGGGUAACAAGGGUAACAAGGGUAACAAGGGUAACAAGGGUAACAAGGGUAACAAGGGUAAAGGGGUAAAAAGGGUAACAAGGGUAAAAAAGGGUAACAAGGGUAAACAAGGGGUAACAAGGGUAACAAGGGGUAACAAGGGUAACAAGGGGUAACAAGGGUAACAAGGGUAACAAGGGGUAACAAGGGUAACAAGGGUAACAAGGGGUAACAAGGGUAACAAGGGUAAAAAGGGUAACAAGGGGUAACAAGGGGUAACAAAGGGUAACAAGGGUAACAAGGGUAACAAGGGGUAACAAGGGUAACAAGGGUAACAAGGGUAACAAGGGUAACAAGGGUAACAAGGGGUAACAAGGGUAACAAGGGGUAACAAGGGGUAACAACGAGGGUAACAAGGGUAACAAGGGGUAACAAGGGGUAACAAGGGGUAACAAGGGUAACAAGGGUAACAAGGGUAACAAGGGUAACAAGGGUAACAAGGGGUAACAAGGGUAACAAGGGGUAACAGGGGUAACAAGGGUAACAAGGGUAACAAGGGUAACAAGGGUAAAAAAGGGAAACAAGGGGAAACAAGGGAAACAAGGGAAACAAGGGGA